AUGAGAGCCAUCUUGCUCGCAUUGGGAAAAGGCCGACGAUUUGGCCUGGUAUCAAUGUUGGGUAUGUCGACCACCUUAAUGUUGACAUGGGAAGGUAUCCUCGUGUACUUUGGAUCUGGUCUGUCCAACGGAGGUAGCGCCGGUCUAGUAUACUCCUACAUUUUAUCCUGGAUAGGAUUUCUAUGCGUCAUGACCUCUUUGGCAGAACUGGCCUCUAUUGCACCGACUUCCUCGGGACAGUAUCAUUGGGUUUUCAUGCUGGCGCCAAAGAGCAUCCGUAAUCUGUUGAGCUAUUUGACGGGGUGGCUAUCCAUUGCUGUUUGGCAAGCCAUGGUCGCCAUGUCCGGAUGCCUUUGCGCCACCUUGAUCCAAGGAUUGCUAGUCCUAAACCACCCAGACUCGUACACCUCUCACGGCUGGCAUGGAACGCUCCUCAUCUGGUCCGCUGUAAUUUUCGCCUUCAUUGUCAACUCGAUUCUUGGCCGUUGGCUGCCGAAGAUUGAGGGUUUUAUUCUUUAUGUCCACGUGUUCGGAUUUUUCGCUAUUCUCAUUCCACUUCUUCAACUUGCUAAGCGCGUUACGGCCGAGGAGGUAUUCACAAAAUGGAAUAACGAAGGUGGAUGGCCGUCCAUGGGAUUGAGUUUCCUUGUUGGCAUGAUUACGAACAUCGGACCAUUCAUAGGAGCCGAUGGAGCCGUUCACAUGGCCGAAGAGACCCAUAAUGCUGCAUUUAUAGUUCCCUGGAACAUAAUCAUCACCGUGGUAUUGAACGGAUGUCUGGGGUUCGGAAUGCUUCUUACAACGCUCUUCUGCAUGGGAGAUCUCAAGUCAGCCAUGGAUACACCAACCCACUACCCUUUUAUCCAGAUAUUUUUCGAUUCUACAAGGUCUUAUGCGGGAACCACUCUCAUGGUAUGCAUACCUCUUGUGUUAUCGUAUGCUGCGAUAUUCGGACAAUUUGCUGGUGCAUCACGGCAACUGUGGGCAUUUGCCAGAGAUCGUGGCCCGCCCCUCUCCGAGCGUCUUCUUCUUGUAAAUCCAAGAUCUUUCCUACCUAUGAAUGCAGUAUGGGCCACAUGCUGCAUCUCUAUGACUCUCGGUUUAAUCAACAUCGGCUCACUCCAGGCCUUGGAAAACAUCCUUUCAUUUACCGUGAGUUCAUGGGAGGCCGCAGCUUCCAUUCCCCUCGGUCUUCUUCUCUGGAGCCGAGUGACGGGCAGAAUCAAAUCACGCCACUACACCUCGGACGAGUUCACUGCCGACCCAGAUAAACCUCUAGUCUGGGGACCAUGGCGCGUACCUGAGCCUCUUGGAACAUGUCUGAACACUAUUGGACUGGCUUGGAUUAUCCUCGCAUUCUUCUUCAGCUUUUGGCCAGGGAAUAUAGACGUGAAACCGGAGAGCAUGAAUUAUAGCUCGUUGAUGACAGGGUUUUGGUUUCUGUUUGGAAUAGGGUAUUAUAUGGUUUGGGGGAGGAAGUUCUAUAAUGGUCCAAUUAUGGAAACUCGGUAAAGGAUCAUGCCAGCUUCCCGCGUUGGUCUCGUGCCUUUUUAGGUCAUAUGAGGUGUUUUGAAAAGUUCGAAGAGGAAAAUGACUAUGGAGCAUCACCUGUUCUAUGUCCGUGGUUUUCUCCUCCUACAUUUUCCCAUGGUUAGCCUUUCCUCUUCUCUAUGCUUUAUUUGACCGGCUCGGCGUCUGUUUCCCCGUGAAGACCGAGCAAAGUGAGAUGAGAAAGAAUAGAUGCUCUGAAAAUCCUUUGUUCAAAUAAAAUGUACAGGGGGCUCCCAAGAUCGUGAACAGGUAUGGUAUAGUUUUACCAAAUGUCUGCUUCCACAUUGUAAAAGAACAUAUCUU